CCGGAAAUUUUGAAAGGAUUUCAAAGCAAAACGAUGGUGACGCUGGUGUCGAUCCAAAUCCACGAAUCCGCAUUGUCACUGUUGUUGUUAUUGCUGCUGCUCGUCAUUCCUUCUUCUUCUUCUGACGUCGAAUCGCAACGGAAUUUCACGGCGGGCAUCUUGUUGCCGUCCGAUGCGGAUGAUGCGUGCGGUGUUUCGCCUCCCUCGCGGCGCUAUUCGUGCCCGGUUAACUGCUUCAGGACGGAUCCGGUUUGCGGGGACGACGGAGUUACGUAUUGGUGCGGGUGUGCAGACGCGCAUUGCUCGGGGGCCAAGGUUGCAAAGAUGGGAUUCUGUAACGUCGGAAAUAACGGCGGGACCGGAUCUUUCUCUGGUCAGGCUUUACUUUUGUUGCAUAUAGUUUGGCUCAUUGUUCUAGGCUUCUCUGUUUUCUUUGGCCUAAUCUGAAUUAUCUCUCUGUAUUUUUUUUAAAAAAAAAUUCUAAACAAUUUCCUAUUUUAAAUCCU